AUGGAAACUUUGGUCAAAGAGAUGCAUGAAUGUGCGUUUAUAAGACACAGUAAUAGUCCUUACUUCUCUCUGGUGUUGCUGGUGAAAAAGAAAGAUGGUUCUUGGCGGUUUUGUGUUGACUACAAGGCACUUAAUGGGAUUACUAUUAGAGAUCGAUUUUCGAUUCCGACCAUCGAUGAACUUUUGGAUGAAUUGGGAAGGGCAGAAGUGUUUUCUAAACUCGACCUCCAAUCCGAGUCUCAUCAAAUUAAAAUGGAUCGUUGGGACAUGCAUAAGACUGCCUUUAGAACCUAUGAGGGUCACUAUGAGUUUGUAGUGAUGCUUUUCCGUUUGUCUAAUGACCCAUCCACCUUUCAAGCAGCCAUGAACAAGAUUUUCAAACCUUUCCUUCCUCCACUCACCGAACUCCUCAAAAAGGAUAACUUCAAAUGGACAGUUGUAGCUACUGAAGCAUUUGUGUGCUUAAAAAAGGUUAUGAACGAAACUCCUGAUUUAAGGCUUUUGGAUUUUAUGAAGACGUUUGUAGUGGAAACAGAUGCAUCAAAUGUGGGAAUAGGAGGGUUCUCAUGCAAGAUGGCCACCUUUUGGCCUUCUUACGCGUUGUGGUUGAAGUGGUUGCAACAUGAUCAUAAAAGCUUACGGGAACUCCUCACUCAAGUUAUCCAGACUCCGGAACAGCAGCACUACCUUUGGAAAUUGUUGGGGUACCAUUUCUCAAUUGAAUAUAAGGUUGGCACUGAGAAUUCCGCAGCAGAUGCAUUGUCCCGCCGCCUUGAAAAUCCCUGUCCUUCACUUCUUGCGGCCAUUUCUACUCAGAGGUAUGAUUUCUUAGAUGCUUUGCGAAAAGAGAAUGAGACAUGUCUAGAUUUCCAUGAGUUACAGCAACAGCUCCUUAAUGGCCCCUUAGAGGUCAUGCUGGUGGUUGAACACACCUAUUUGAGGCUUAGUGCCAGUUUUUUUAAGGAGGGGAUGUGGAAGGAUGUGAAAGACUUUGUCGGCAAAUGCCUUACUUGUCAAACCAUUAACUAUUCCACCGUAGCUCCUAUGGGACUACUACAGCCCCUUCAGAUGCCUGAGAGAGUGUGGGAAGAUCUAGCCUUGGAUUUCAUUGUUAGGUGA